UGAACUGCAUCACUAAUAGCCCAACUCCUAAUAGUCUUUGGAGGACAGAUUUGCUCUAUGUUAAUGAUGGCUGCAUUUCUUUGGUACUUCGGUAUCCCGAUUGCAUUCCUUGUUAGAGUACUAUAUCUUUCGCUAAGCCGGAACCUUGCCACCUCCAGAGCGGCGGGGCGCUACGGUUGUAAGGACCCACCCAAUCUUCCAUCUAGAGACCCUCUUUUCAACUUCGACAUCGUCCGACACAGCUUGCGCAUGGCCGCGAAGGACCGUCGUAUACGCUCAAUCUACGAGCAACUGCACUCCUACGACUUUACUUUUCAGUCAUGGCCCUUUGGAAAGCGCGUCAUAUCCACCACUGACCCCAAAAACAUUCAAUUCGUCUUCGCCACGGAAGCCGCCAAAUUCGGCAUCGGCCCUCAGCGAGAGCACGCUCAAGGUCCCCUCACAGGCCUCGGAAUCGUCACCUCGGAUGAUCCAAUUUGGUCUCGCAUGAGACCUCUGAUCCGGCCCACGUUUACUCGGACUCAGAUCGCCGACAGAGAGAGCUUCGAUGUCCACGUGAGCAGAUUCAUGGAACUCCUGCCUUCUGACGGAUCCGAAGUCAAUCUGCGACCCUUGUUUGAGCGGUUGAUUCUAGAUUCUUCCUCAGAGUUCAUCUUCGGAGAGUCUUUUGGCUCGCUUCUGCUGGACUGCAAGGUUGAUUCCAAGAAGUUCAUCGAAAGCUUCAACAAUGGCCAGAAAGGAGUCGGGAAAAGGGUUUUGUUCGGCAAAAUGAGCUUCUUGAUCCGCGACGCGAAGUUCUGGGAAUCUUGCAGCCUGGUCCAAGAGUACACGCGCCGGCUUGUGGAAAAUGCUCUUGCCCGACGCCGAAAAGCUCAGGAACCUGGAGAGAACGAGGAUGACCUCCCCAACAGGAAAUACGUGCUGGUUUAUGAGCUUGCGAAGGAGACAGACGAUCGGGAUGUACUUCGUAGCCAGCUGCUCAACAUCUUCUUUGCCGGUCGAGACACGCCGGCCACAGCACUUACGAAUAUGUUCUUUGCGCUGGCUCGACACUCGAGAGUGUGGUCUAAGAUCAGAGAAGAAGUGAAAGAUCUAAGGCCAGAAGACUUGACUUUCGAGAAGCUCAAAAGCCUUCGCUACGUCCAGCAUGUCAUUAACGAAGCUCUCCGACUUCAUCCGCCGGUUGCCAACAACUCGAGGGUCUGCUUGCAGACCACCAUGCUCCCCACAGGAGGCGGUCCGGACAGAAAAUCUCCCAUCCUGGUCUUCCCCGGGGAUACUAUCUCCAUGAGCUUCUACACCCUGCACAGACGCGCGGACAUUUUCUUAGAUCCGGAAGAAUUCCGCCCUGAGCGCUGGCAGACCCUGCGUACUACCUGGGAGUUCCUGCCCUUUGGCGGAGGACCCAGGCACUGUCCCGCUCAACAGUUGGCUUUGUUCUGGAUUGGCUAUGUUUUGGUCCGGAUGGCGCUGAGAUUCAGGGAACUGAGGAAUAUGGACCCCGUUGAGAACUUUGUGGAGGAUCUCAAGUUGAAUAUGGAGAGCAAGAACGGGGCGAGGGUAGGUCUCGUCUUCGACGAGCGUCGGAGUUGAAGCGCGAGGAGGCUGCUGUAGGUGAUCAUGGGAAAGUGCUCGGUGGAAAGGACUAGGAGAACUCUUAGAAUUAGAUAUAGUGUCUUCGAAGUCAACCAAGGAUGGCAUGAGGCUCCGCGACGAACAAUUCAGGAAUGCAUUACUUCUUACGGGGCUUAGACCGCCCUACUCUAAGUAGGAAGAAUUAC